GCCCGCGCUUCACACGUGCGCGCAGUGAGCUUCUUCGCGAGCCAAACGCGAGUAGAGCGGAAAGCGCGCGCCGCGUCUCCUGGAUUUAUAAAACAAAAACAAUAAAUAAAUAAAAGAGUGGUAGAGAUGGGACUCGAAAAAGAGACAGCAGAGACGUGCGUCUUCUUGGAUGAAAAUGUGUUUCACAGCACGAUUGAGCCCAUUCUUCAGAAAAAGAAACAGAAAGCGCGCGCGCCGCUACCGGACCGGGACCCUCGAGACAUUAGCGCGCACUUAAAGGUAGACUUUGAGGACGUGAUCGCCGAACCCAGUUCCGUACACAGCCUGGACUCGGUGUGGAUCGGCAGCCAUGCGCUUUUCGAGCUCAUGAAGUUCGCCUUUUACCGGGUCUUGACGACGCUGCUCGCGAUCCCGAUGGCCUUCGUUGCAGGACUUGUUUUCGCCACCCUCAGCUGCAUACAUAUUUGGGUGGUGAUGCCACUGGUGCAGAGCUGCAUGAUGACAUUGCCCUCUAUCCAGGUGAUCUGGUCCAGCCUGAUGGACAUGUUUGUGAGGCCGUUGUUCCACAGCUUCGGCAGGUGUCUGUCUUCCAUCAACGGCAAGAGCUGCAAACCUGACGUGCUGUAAACGACCAGCGCGUCGACUCGCACACGUUCCUUAUGAUGUGCUUGUUUUAGGAGGACUUGGAGGAGAUCCCAGACCUGAUCAAUCACACUGGAGUCCUCUUCAUGCUCAGCUCCAUCACAUGUGUUUGCUUUGGCCUGGGAUCAAACGUACGCUUACACUAAAAACAACCUGCCUCUCUGGUGACUUCACUGAACGUCUAAGCAAUAUAAGGAAGCGUUUAUACAAUUUAACAUUAAGUUUGUGACUCCUAGUGGACGGUAUCAUUAGGUAAAAGUGCUUUUGCACGAUUUUUAAUAUAUAUGUAUUUAAUAGAAAUAUGCGUUUGAGCUUUUGUACUUUAUAUGAGAAGAGUUUUAAAUGUGUACAGAAAUAUUUGAAAAGCCAAUUUAGUUCAGACUACUUCCUGCUUCCUGCCUCAAAUAAUAUUUAGGCUUACAUCACAGCACUACUGAAUUCUCAAAUCUGAUUGGUCAGAAGGUGUCGAUUGCUUUUAUAUUAAUGUGCUCGUUCUGAUACGUUAUCAUUGCUAUAGUAACAGCUCAUUCACAGGGACUCGUGAUUCAAAAAUAAUCGUGGUGAUAAUGCGGUGAAGUUUUCUGUAAGGCGAUGUUCAUUUAAGAUUUAUAGAAGGAGACUCCAGUGUAAGCCGUAAAGGUUAACUUGAAGAGAGGGGAAAAAAGAGAGACGCUGGUGACGGAACGACUGUGUAUAGCUGCGAUAACGUAAAGGAGAAUGGGAACUAACUUGUUUUGCGGAUGUUACGCAACAUUAAAUGUAGCUAUAAAUGGAUAAAAUGUAUGACAAUUCCUUCUUUCAUUAAAAAAAACUAAUUAUUCCUUUUAAGAUAAAAUUGCUGUGGUAUAAAAGGGAAAAGACACUUUGGGACAACUUAUACUAGUAUAACACAAUAUUUGCAGUAUUCACCAUCAAGUAUAUUAUUUUUUUCUGUGAUAUUUCUGAAAUGAAUUGUUAAACGUAUUCUCACAUGUCUGUCCUAACAUUCCAAAAAAAAAAGGUGUAAUGAUUUAUUUAAACGAGUACUGUAUUUUUUUCCAGUCUAGUUGCAAUAUGCACUUGAAAUACUGCCUGCCCUCGACAGUGUGUGUGUGUGUGUGUGUGUGUGUGUGUGUGUGUGUGUGUGUAUGUGUGUGCGCACGUGUUUUUCAAUAGCUCUCAGAAAGAAAGGAUGGCUUGUUUGUUCAGUGGAACACGAAGUGUUCAGGUGUACCCCCCCCCCCCCCCCCCCCCCCCUCCCUAUUCAAUGAUGUAAUGUAGCAAAAAUCCAGAGUGCAGCAGAGAACACCUCAGAGAGUCUCUCUAAAUAAAAGCUCUUUUUUUUGAUAUGA